AUGAUAUGCCUGGUCAUUAUCAAAAACAAAGGCCGUGUGCUCAACAUUCCAUUUAAUGAUCGAGACUGUGUUGAACAAAAUAAGCCUAUUAUUCAACCAUUGUCAAGCUAUCCAGACAAGAGCGAUCAAGUAAAAGUUUCCGACGUAAAAAUGGAGCAAGAAGUGAAAACUAUAAUCAACUCUGCCAUGGAUUUAGAAGACAAUCAGCAGACCGUAGAAGCAAUACAAGAAAGUACAAAUGGAAAGAUCAAAACAAUAGAGGAAGACUUGGAUGAUUUUUUCAAAUCGAUUGGUGAUGAAAAGAAGGUUGUAAAGCGAAGUAUUAGUAAUGAAGAAAAAAUCAACGAGCCAUUUUAUAAUGAUAUGAUUGAUCCUAAUACGCAAAAAUUUACAGAUAUUGUAAACCCAAAUUCAGUUUAA